AUGGCUACCGCUGCGGUCCAACACGCUCCAGGCAACGCAAUCGGGCAGGUCGUCGAGCCUCUUGCUGCAACGAAGAACAAGCCUGCGAAGCAUGAUGUCGCCGCGGAACUGUACUACUACAAGGACCCAGGUGACGGAACCGCACCUGCUCCUUCUUACGUCGGAAAGCCCACGUCCUAUCUCCGUCCCGCCGUCACCCAGAAUGUGGUCAUCCACAACAUCUCUGGCGACGAGGACAAAUACACCAUCGACAGUCACGGCUUCCAGUACCUGAAGCAUGAAAGCAAGGAGAAGGACUUUGUCGACAACGACAAGAUCAAGGCCGAAUACUACCCGGAGGUGGAACAGCUGCUGAAGGAUGCCACCGGAGCAUCUCGCGUCUUCAUCUUCGACCACACCAUUCGUCGUGCGACGUCAGACGUCCGCGAUCUGGCCGGCCAGCUGCGCGGCCCUGCGCGCCGAGUGCAUAUCGAUCAGUCGUAUAGUGCCUCGGAGAACCGUGUGCGGUACCACCUGCCGGACGAGGCCGACGAGCUGCUGAAGAAGCGCUUCCAGAUCAUCAAUGUCUGGCGUCCGAUCAAGACCAUCACCCGCGACCCGCUGACCCUCGCCGACGCCCACUCUGUGCCGGACAGCGACCUCGUCGCCGCCAAGCUGAUCUACCCGGACCGCGAGGGCGAGACGUACGCCGUCAAGCCGAACCCGAACCACCGGUGGUACUUCAAGUACGGCCAGCGGCCCGACGAGCCGCUCCUGAUCAAGUGCUACGAUUCGGUCGACGACGGCCGCGCCAGAAGGAUCCCGCACACGGCAUUUGUCGACCCCGCGUACGAGAACGAUCCGCCCAGAGAGAGCAUCGAGGUGAGGACGCUGGUGUUUUAUGACUAUUAG